UUCGACGCGGGAAGAUAUACCUACCUCUCUACUCCCUAGACGGUCUUCUAGUACGCGCGGUACACGGCCUGACGCGGUCUCGAACGAACAACAUCUCACUCCAGCCCAUCGAGGGCAGCGACCUUGGCGCUCGCAACAUGGACGACUUCGUUAGCGAUACGGAUAGCGACUAUACGAGCUAUUGGCGCGAUUGGUUCAUAUCCUCCCGCGGAAACGAAUACUUCUGCGAGAUCGACGAAGACUACCUGACCGAUCGCUUCAACCUCACGGGCCUAAACGCCGAUGUUCAAUACUAUCAAUACGCGCUGGACCUCAUAACAGACGUCUUCGACGUAGACUGCGACGACCAGCUCCGCGACGCCGUCGAGAAAUCCGCCCGGCACUUAUACGGCCUGGUACACGCCCGGUACAUAGUGACGACGCGCGGUCUCGCAAAAAUGCUCGAGAAGUUCAAGAAAUCCGACUUCGGCAAAUGCCCCCGCGUCAUGUGCGACUCGCACCCGCUCCUCCCAAUGGGCCAAUCCGACCUCCCAGGCAACUCGCCCGUCAAGCUGUACUGCGCGCGGUGCGAAGACAUCUACAACCCCAAGUCGUCGCGCCACUCGGUCAUUGACGGCGCCUACUUCGGCACCUCGUUCCACAACAUCCUGUUCCAGGUAUAUCCGACCAUGUUGCCGUCCAAGUCGUUGCGCAGGUACGAGCCGCGCGUUUUCGGCUUCAAGGUGCAUGCUGCGGCGGCGUUGGCGCGGUGGCAGGAUGAGCAGCGCGAGGCGAUGAGGGAGCGGUUGAAGGCGGCCAAGGUGGAUGUGUUGUUUGAGGAGGACGAAGAUGACGAGGAGGAGGGGGAACCAGUGAGUGACGAAGAUGAGGAGAUGGAUGUCGGGGAGCAGGGUGCGGCGCUCGUGGCUGCCAAGUGAGUGAGUGACUGCAUGAAUGCGUCGCUUGCACCGCGGUAUACGUAUCUGGUUAGCAUGGGGUAUGGCGAUAGGCGUUCGGGUCGGUAGGGUAGCAUUUGAAUACUUCGACAAACCACUUUUUUUUCAUUCUUCUCGAA